AUGGCCCUUGGUCCCACGCGCGUUUCGAGCUACGGAUGUCCGGUGAAAGCGAAUCCCGCGCUCUGGUGCACCACCUACACGCCCAUCUCCACACAGACGGCGCGGGCCUCGUUCAUGGAUGUCAGGAUCCAUCGUCCGCUUGAUCCCGCCGGACACUGCAAGAACGCCGGGCCCGGACGAUCGCUGACCCGGUACUGCUGCCAGCCAUCCGUCCGACCUACGUCCAACGGCCAGCCCGAGCUCGCCAAGGGAUUGGAUUGCGGGAGCGUCUGCUGCCCCUCCACGGUCGCCCGCUCGUAUAUCUAUCUCUCCUGGGCAAUGAUGGCCCAAGAGCUCUGCUCAGACUGUGUCUCAAUGUUGAGCUAA